CAGACGUCAAAUAUUUUUGACAGCACAAACAGAAAACUAACCUCAAAAUAUAAGUAACUCGGUAACUUGAUUUCUUUAAUUUUAACAAAAUGAACAUAUUCAAUGGUAGUGCAAUUUUACUAUUAAUAUUACAUUUAUUAGUGUGUAUUGAAGCGCAUAAUAAGUAUUCAGAAAAUGCAAAUAAACCAAAAGAAGAGGACAACGCAGAUGAGGUGGUUCUGGACUUGAGGCCUUCUAGUUUAAAACAUCUUGAUAGACCGUUUAGGAUGGCCAAACUUAAUUUAUUAUGGACCAAAGCUGUAGUGAGACUAUCUGAGCCAAAACUAAGAUCACUAUUUGGUGAACUCCAACUGCACGACAAGGAAGAAAUAACGUGGAAGCAUCUAAGAGCCGAAGGCAAAGACAAAGACGGCCUCAAAGAAGCCGAAUUACGCAAAAAAUUAUUGGCCAUCAUGGCCAACUAUGAGCUAUCAGAUCAGACUGAAGAUGUACACAAUCCUGAAAAAGUCAAGCCUUACAGACCACUAAAUGAAGCUGGAGAUAAACAUAUAAACAAAAGUUUAUUUAAGGAUAAAAAAUUAAAUAAGUUGUGGCUAAAGGCUGAAAUUGCAGGAUUUACUGCUGAAGAAUUGCAGGCUUUGAAGGAAGAGUUUGAUCAUCAUCAAGAUAAGAUUGAUCAGUAUUACUCGCUUUUGGAUGAUGUGAGGGGAAAUGAAGUUAACCAUGAUGAAAACUCUGUGGACGAUGAACUGGACAAAUUCAACCAAAUAGAUCAAAAAGAGGAAGAGCCACCCAAGAAAGAUUACAUUGAUAAAGUAAACUUGCUUAGGGAAAAUAACAAACAAAUUAAAGAUGGAUAUGACCAUUUACAUGUAUUAGCAGCUAAAGGCCCUGCCAGCAGAGAAUUCGUUGAACCUAAAGUAAAUGGUUUAUGGAAAAUUGCUGUGGAAAGCAAUUUUUCACAUAGUGAACUAGAAUCACUUAGGAUUGAACUCAAGCAUUAUGAAAACCGCCUUCUAAAACUUAGGCAUAUCCAGGCUGAACACGCCCUAACCGAAGCAAAACAUAAAGGAAAAAUUCCCGCUGGCGACAAACAGUAUGCUCAUUCUGUUGUAGCUGAGACUAUAAAAAAACAAGCCAGGAAAGUGGAGAAAAUUCAUCUAGAGCUAGAAACUAGAAUUAUGCAAAAACAUAUUGAGCUAUAAAACAUAAGUAUGCUAGUAUCUAGACAUAACUUGUAUCUGAUGCCAAAAAUAACUUAAUACUUAGUUGGUUACAUGUUUCUGAAUCAUUAUUAAUGUUGUUACCAGAUGGCAAAAUGAAUUCACUAUGAAUUCACUACGAAUUCACGCGUGAAAAUUAAAUUCACGCGUGAAUUCAUAUAACGCGACAGAUGAGUCCUCAAUUGAUGCUCAAUUUGCCAUCACGCGUGAACUUUUUAUUUUUUGCGCAUGCGCUUUUAGAAUAUGGAUUUCAU